AUGAAAAUCCUUCUCACAUUGGCACUCUUCAUUUCAACCAUCGCAGGGGCAGCUGUCGUCUACACAGUUGCGGAUCAAUCCCAUCUUCUCAGUACAUUCAAUGCACUUCGCUCAAAAUGUGCCAAGGGAACACAAAGAUGGCACAAUUACACAUGGGAGUAUGAUGCUCAAUAUGAUGAUACUGUUCCAGACCCACCAGUCAGAUACUAUCCAAAGGCCACUCGAAUGUAUCAAUUGAAAUGGAAUGCAACGUUGGCAGCAGCUGCUCGUAGCCGUUUGAAUACACUGUCAAACAAACAAAUGACAGGGACAGUGCCGGCAAAUGUUGGAGAGAUCACAUAUGGAGUCGAGUAUGGAGUGGCACCCAAUACAAUCACUGCUGUCAAGAUUUUCGACAAUGCCUGGGGUCAAUGGGGAGCACUUUUCAAUUGGCAAGGACUUGACAAAUUUGCCUAUUCAGCAUCCACCGAUCAAUAUGAAAUGUAUCAGUUGAUCGCUGAUCUAACGACUCAAGUUGGUUGUGCCUACGUGAACAUUACCUCCUCUGGACAAUAUGCCACCGUUUGUCAAUUCUAUCCAAAGAGCCUCGUCGCUGCCAAAGCAGUCUACACAAAUGGAGUUACCAGUUGUUCAGCUUGCCCAAAAACCACAGCCCCAUGUGUGCCCACUACUGGAUUGUGUGCUAUCAAGGCUGUCGGA